UAUCUAACAACAGUCCUCAUUCUGAGUUUGCUGCUCAGUUGAGGGGAGUGGGGAACCCCCUUGAGUGAUGAAGGCGUAACGAUGAGGUUGAGAAGCCUAUCGUCAAGAUGUGGAGAGCCGAGUGGCAGGGGUAAUGCCGGAAUAAAGAUCUACGAAGAAGGCAUUUAUCAUGAGCCUACAGAGUUACUUGAACCACAGAAGAAAGCACACUCCUGGGGUAUCUAUGUCCCUACUGAGGAACAGAGGGCAUCAAUCUACUAUUCCUGCCCAACACCCACUAACGAUGAGAACUUGUACUCAGAACUAGUCAAACAGGUAGCUAUUACUCAC